UCUCGUGACGUCAGUGUGGGAAAGUACACACAGGGACGCGUUUCUGCAGCGACCUGAAAACAAGAUACCGUCUGAAUAGAUUACAUUUUUCUACAGAAAACGGCUCAUGACACUCCUAUAGAAACCCCACACUUCUUUUAGAUUUCGCUACAACAAUGGAGAAACCUCCAUUCUGGGGGAACCAGAGCUGCGGGGACUGGGUGCUGAAAGAGAGGCUGGGAAUGGGCGGCUUUGCCCAUGUUUACCUCUACCAGCAUCGGGAAACGAAUGAAAAAGUUGCAGUGAAAAUGUGCCGCCUGGAACUCACACCGAGGAACAGGGACCGAUGGAGCAGAGAAAUACAGAUCAUGAAAAAGUUAAAUCACGUCAACGUGGUGACAGCUCAAGAUGUUCCAGAGGAAAUAGAGUGCAUUUCCUUAAAUGAUCUUCCACUGUUGGCCAUGGAGUACUGCUCCAGAGGAGACCUGAGGAAGGUGCUGAGCAGACCUGAAAACUGCUGCGGUCUCAAAGAGAGUGAAGUCCUCUCGUUACUCAACGACGUCGGAUCUGGUAUCCAGUAUCUACAUGAAAACAAGAUUAUACACAGAGACCUUAAACCUGAAAACAUAGUGCUGCAGGACAUCAAUGGAAAGAUGGUUCACAAAAUCAUCGACUUGGGUUACGCCAAGGACCUGGACCAGGGGAGUUUGUGCACCUCCUUCGUUGGCACACUUCAGUAUUUGGCCCCCGAGCUGUUUGAGAACAAGCCGUACACCGUCACCGUGGACUACUGGAGCUUUGGCACGAUGAUAUUUGAAUGCAGUUGUGGUUUCCGUCCGUUCUUACAUAACCUGCAACCUGUGCAGUGGGCCAGCAAAGUUAGGAAUAAAGGUCCUAAAGACAUCAUGGCUGUAGAAGAACUGAACGGUGAAGUCAGGUUCUCCACACAUCUCCCCUACCCCAACAAUCUCAGCAGGACACUGUUGGAGCCGAUGGAGGCCUUGCUUCAGCUGAUGUUGAAGUGGAAUCCAGAACAGAGAGGAGGCCGAAUGAACCCAGACACAAAGAAACCACUGUGCUUUGAAGUACUCGAGGAGAUACUGAGUAUGAAGGUCGUCCACAUCCUGAAUAUGACCACAGCUCAGGUUCACUCUUUCCAGCUGACCCCAGAGGAGAGUCUCCACGCUCUGCAGAAGCGCAUCGAGGCUGAAACCAAGAUCGAAGUGGUGAACCAGGAGCUGCUGCAGGAGACGGGAGUGUCGCUGGACCCCAGAAAGCCAGCUGCACAGUGCGUCCUGGACGGAGUGAGAGGCUGGGACAGCUACAUCGUGUACUUGUUUGACAAGAGCAUCACCAGGUACUCUGGUCCCUUCAGCGCCAGACGGCUGCCAGAGAAAGUCAACACUAUCGUGCAAGAAGCGAAGACGCAGCUGCCUCUGGUGGUGUUGAAGAAAGUGUGGGGUGAAGCUGUGAGCUACAUCUGUGGCCUGAAAGACGACUACAGCAGAUUGUUCCAAGGACAGAGAGCCGCCAUGUUGAGUCUCCUGCGCUACAACACCAACCUGACCAGGUGUAAAAACAGCAUGUUUGGCUUCUCUCAGCAGCUUAAAGCCAAGCUGGACUUCUUCAAGAGCAGCAUCCAGUACGACCUGGAAAAAUACAGCGAUCAGAUGCACUAUGGGAUAUCCUCUGAAAAGAUGCUGAAAGCCUGGCAGGAGAAUGAAGAAAGAGCAGCUGCUUUUGCACAGGUGGCAGAAGUGAGCCAUUUGGAUGAUGAAAUCAUGGCUUUGCACUCUGAGAUCGUGGAACUGCAGAGGAGCCCGUACGCCCGUCGCCAAGGAGACAAAAUGGAGCAGCUAGAAGAAAAAGCGAUCGAGCUCUACAAGCAGCUGAAGAUGAAAUGCAAAAUACCGGACUCGGAUGUGAGCUGCGACAGCUCAGAGAUGGUAAAAGCCAUCAUUCAGACUGUCCAGAACCAAGACAAGGUCCUCAAGGAUCUGUACACCCACCUCAGUAAGAUCCUGAUCAGCAAACAGAAGAUCAUUGACUUGUUUCCACGAAUUGAGAAGACCCUGGAGAGCAUCAAGGACGCUGACAACACAGUGAUGCAGAUGCAGAUAAAAAGACAGAGGGAGUUCUGGCAUUUACUCAAGAUUGCCUGUGCCCAGAACUCAUCACGGAGCUCAAUAGCAGCCAGUCCUGAGUCGUCAAACCUGCUGCAAGUUUCCCAGUGGUCACAGUCGGCGCAGCCUGUCAGCUCCCCCCACCCCCUAACCUCCCUACCUGGGCCAAAUGACAGUGAUGCUGCCCCAAGACUCCUGCAGGAGAACCAGAAGUACCUCGGUCAGCUGACCAGCCUGAUGCAGGAGGCUGCCGACGAACAGGCCAAAAGCAUAGUGGACCAAGACUGGAGCUGGACAAAAUACGAAACGUUGACGACAAAAUUAAAAAAGCAAAAUGCGUAAGCCACUUUCUGUCCUCCAUCACUGCCUGCGCUCCGAGUAACACUAAGGACUGUAAGCUGUCAUCGCAGUGGAGUGGCUUCAUACUUUGUACAGCUGUACAUGGACUAAGGAUAUCCUGUUAAAAAAAAGACGACUUUCCUGAUCAUAUUUGGGGAAAAAAGAGAAAAAAAGACAAAGUUCUUGCGUGUUCGCUGGUGUCUGUUCACUCCCAUCGUCUCACAUGGUUAAAGGUUUGAUUAAUCAUUGAUCAUCUUGGUUUUACAUGAGAAAAAAAUGAAGCUUUCUCUCUUUUUUCCCAUUAUACCGCACAAAAAUUCUUCAUAAACCACUGAUUCAUCUUUACUGUCAUUGCAACAUUGAACCAACUGUAGCACCGGAGGCUCGAGGUGGACUGAUCACAUGGGAAGAAAAUCAACAGAAACAUGGGAACUUGUUCAACUUCAUGACUCCCAGUGAAAACACAGGAAGUGGUUGGGGUCAGCGAGGGGGUGGAGAUUGAUGGAGGGUGGAGAAGGGGGAGAUUACAAUCAUGCAAACUGCACUUUGAUGCUCCCGUGAAGCUUCUCUGAGAAGAGAUGAAACGUUCCAGGCUGCCAAAACUGUUGCAGAAUUUGCUGACAUGCUGUUAACGUCACUCAUCAGUUUCAGAUGUUUUACUAUAAAUAUUUACGGGGUUGAAUUAAAUGUUAAUUUUGUUUUUAAAGUGUUAUAUAAUAAGCAGAGGUCUUUUGUCAUUAUAUAAGUGGCUCAUACAUGGCUGGCCAUUAGGUUUGUACAUUGUCUGAUACUGUAAUUGUCAGUGAGAAAAUAUUUGCAUUGUUUGUGCUGCAUUCAUGUCGUAUAGAGUUGAAACGAUUAGUCCAAAUGCGAGGUUGCUUUUGGUGUGAUUUGAUCAGAAUUUAACUUCAAUUCUGAUUCAGUUCAGGAGUAACAAACAAAGAACCCUCUGGGUUUUACCAGGGUUCAAAGUAGGAUCUAAGCGAGAAAAUAUAUAAUUUUUUAUUAUUACAAACUUCCAUGUAUGAGUUUGUAAUAAUAAAAAAAAGUUUAAAAUCUUUUUGAUGUGGGUGUGUUGACCAGUUCAUCAACAGUUUGAAGAAAAGGUAAUAAUUAUUAAAGAAAUUGAGACAUUUUGUUUGCUUAAUGUUGAAAAAAUCCCAACCAAAACUCAAGUUUUCACCCCGUUAGUUUUAUAUAACCAAAAUACAAACAGAAAAUCAGCCAAUAUUUAUAUUUUAAUAACGUAUCUAAUAUUUUACUUUGAUAAAAAUGGCCAGAAUAUUUAUUGUCAUUGUAUAAUUAAACAAAACGUGAUAUUUUCUCCUAGUAAUCCUAAAACACUUUUAAAAACCAUUAAAAACACUUAAAAUAGUCUAAUUUACAGUCAUAAAGUCCCAGUCGUCACAUUCCCCACACACCCACUCGACAACACAAAGCGGAAGAAUUAUAUCAAAAAGCAGAUCAGUUCAUCGGAUAAUCGUUUCAGCUCUUGUCCCAACCAACCAUCCAUCCCAUAAUAACAUAAAUGCAACAUCACACGGUGGUUUCCAGGCCGAAGAACCGGAUGUGAAUGCAGAGACGACCCACAGUAACAAAGGGUUGAAUGUACCGCGGUUACGCCGCCUGGUGUCGGUCGCACAGUCGUGUAAUUUAUUUCUGUCGAGCCCAAACAAAGAUGCUAUUUAUGAGGAAACGGUACCAUGGAACAGAGAUCAAAAGUUUGGGGUUUUUGUUUUUUAUUUAAGUCUAAUUUGUCAGUUUUCCUCACGGUUGGGUAUUGUUUCCUCCUGCUGGUUUCAGUUUGUGUUAAAUGUUUAAUUUUUUUUAAAGAUUUCAUUGUAUGAAGAUCAGAUGUUUACCAGUUAAUAAAAUAAAUGACUUUGACACGA